UUUACAGCCGUUGAUCUUGCUCAAAACCACUAAACCGUUAGAUUUGCAGCACGUGUCUUGGAGUCACACAAAAAUUUCUGGUACGUAAAAGCCGUCUUCUUUCUCUUCCUCCUGAGUUUUCUACCUGUUCUUCCACUUCCUCUUCUGUAAUUAGCUGAAACCCUCCAAAAAUUUGCUUGAUUUUCACUAUUUGUUAGUUUAAAAACUCAAAAAGUUGAAGCUUUCAGCUCAAAACGAAGUACCUUUACAGCAGGGUUUUUAUUUAAUGACUGAAAAAUCUGAGGCUGAGGAUCUUGACCUCAAUUCCGUUGUCGUUUUAAGUGAGCUUACAAAUGAGAUUAAUGGAGCUAAUAACCAAGCAGGAGCUGUAAUAAUGGAGGUUGAUACUUUGAAUGGCGAAACAAACGAGGUCAGGGAUGGUGGUGUGUCCAAGAAGAGUUUGGAGAGUGAGGUGAAUGAUGCUGAGAAUGAGAAAAUGGAAGAUCUUUCUUCAAAGAAAGAUGAAGGUACAGAUUGUGGUGGAAAUGUCGGGGUUUCAUUGGAUGAAGCCAUUGGUGCAAGUGAAGCUGAAAAAGACAAAGAAAAGGAAAAAGCUUUUGAUGAUGAGGAAGAAAGAAAUGAGGAUGUGAAGAAAGGGGCUUCUGUUGUGGACCUUCCUAGUUCUAAUGUUGAUGAAAAUUCGAGUGUUUAUGAAUGUGUUGAGGCUGCUGAUUCUGUUUCUGAUGUUGUUAAGCCUCAAUCUCCUGGAACUACUGAAUCUGCAGGGCAUUUAAUAGAGGAUACUGUGGUUGGGUUGGAGAAGAAAGCUGAGCUUUUGCCCCAAAUAGACAAUGGGAAGGAACUACCUGAAAGGGUUCAAAAGGAGGAGCUGAAUUUUGAAGUUCAUUUAGAGGCACAGAGCAAGGAAGACAUGACAAAGGCUUCCAAGAGUAGUGAGAAUGAAUCUAAAUCUUCAAAAAUCGUCAAUGAUUUAAGCCCACUGGUGUAUUCUAGAGGAAAUGUUAAGUCAGAAGCUGCCUUUAAACCGGAAUUCGCUGUUGGUGAUUUGGUAUGGGGGAAAGUGAGGAGUCAUCCAUGGUGGCCUGGCCAGAUUUGUGACCCUUCAGCUGCAUCACGAAAGGCGAAGAAGCAUUCGAAAAGAGAUGGUUAUUUGAUAGCCUAUUAUGGAGAUUAUACAUUUGCGUGGAAUGAUGUUUCUAGGAUGAAACCGUUUCUUACACAUUUCUCACAAAUGGAGAAGCUAAGCAGUACUGAAGAUUUCCAUGAUGCCCUCGAUUGUAUUUUGGAAGAGGUUUCAAGACGGGUUGAGUUUGGACUGGCUUGUUCUUGCAUACCUGAAGAAGUAUAUGCCAACCUUAAAACUCAAAUAAUUAUCAAUGCUGGUUUAGAAGAAGAUAAAUGUAGGGUAGAUGGUGGAGAUAGGCUUUUAACUGUAGAUUCAUUUGAACCUAUUAAGCUUGUUGAGUAUGUUAAAGAAUUGGCCCAAGUUCCUUGUGGUGUAACUGAGAAGCUAGAACUCACUAUUGCUCGGUCACGGUUAUUGGCCUUCAAUCGCAGUAAGGGCUAUUCCCAGCUGCCGGAAUUCAAUAUGCUUGGUGGGCUCUUGGAGAAUGAUGCUGACAUUUUGUUUUCUGGAAGGACACAACAUUGCAGUGAAGUGAUUGGGGCUGUUGAUUUGCAACAAAAGGAUGAUAAUGUUGAUGCAUCAAUCUCUUAUAAAGAAAAACCAAAAAGUCAAGGCGAAUCAUCCCUUAAAAGAAAGCAAGUGUAUGGCGAUAGCGCACUUCCAAGUAAAAAGGAGAAAAUAGUGAAGGAUUUUGCUGAUGAGAAGCAUUUGACAACUCCUGUCAGAAAAAGUGGUUUGGAAAGCAAGCUUAGUAGUAAGAAACGUAAAGUGGGCGAAGUGAUGUCUGAAGAUUUGGCUGUGAAUAAAAAGAAAACCAUGGCUAGUGUGGAUGAUAACAAUUCUCCACAGCUCCCAAAACCAACUUUCAGGGUAGGAGAGAGCAUCCGCAGGGUUGCCAGCCAACUAAACGGGUCCAGUCCAAUUCUUAAGAGUGGAGAUGUCAUCUGUAAAAGUAAAGCGAACAUUUUGCCUGAAGAAUCAAAACCCGAAAAGCUGGAAACCGAGGAGUGUCCUGAUGAUAAGCUGUCUCAGCUCUUUUUGGCUGCCAGGGAUCCCAAGAGGGUAAACAACUCUUCCAUGAUCACUUUCUUUUCAGAGUUUAGGAGUACUGUUUCCUUAGGAUUGCCCAGUUCAGAAAUUGAGGCCUUAGGAUUGCCCAGUUCAGAAAUUGAGGAGUCUCUGGAGAAAGUGUUUGGUAGUAAGACUGUGAAAAAAUUAACCAAGCGUGGAAGAAAAUCUAACAUGCCUGGAUUCACUGAACUACCUUCACCAGAGAUGAUGAAAGAGUCCUACUGGUCUGAUAGAAUAGUUCGAAGCAUUCCUGAGCCUGAAGAUCGAAAUGAAAUUGAGGACCUUCUAGCUGCAAAAUGUAGAGAGAAAAAGAUUGACAACUCUGCCAUAAAACCGCCACAAAAUCCCCUUGAACAGCAAACUGAUGAUGAGAAUAUCGAAAUGGAAGUGGAGAAGAGUGAUAGUUUUAUCGAUGAUAACUAUCCAACAGCGCUGAUUUUGAACUUCACAAACUUGGAUUCGGUUCCUACAGAAACCAACUUGAACAAGAUAUUUAGCCAAUAUGAUUCUUUGAAAGAAUCAGAGACCCAAAUCUUCAAGAAGAGCAGCCGUGCCAAGGUGGUUUUUGGUAAACGUUCUGAUGCUGAAACAGCUUUCAGUAGUGCAGGAAAAUACAGUACAUUUGGACCCUCACUUGUGAGCUACCGCCUCAAGUAUUUAAAAUCAACACAACAAAGUAAAGCUUCUCCAAGUCCGAAGAAGAGGAGCAAAAAAGGGACUGAAUCUGUUGAGGAGGGUGCAAAUUUGAUCCAACAAACUCAGAAAGUUGAUGAAGAUUGAACAAUAAUAAGUCAUGCUACUUAUGGUUUCAUGGGUUUAUAGAACCGAAGAGUGUCUUAGAGAGUGGAGAUGAAUUCUUUCCUAGGACAGUUCCCCCUGUUAGUUUAGUUCAGCCACUCAAGUCUACAACAUGUUUAUUUCUUUAGUUGUAUGGCUUACUGCUUUUAUUUUUAUUUUAUUUCACUUUGUUACUACGGUUUUCCUCCGCCAUAAGUGAGGCUCCCUAAUUAAUUUGGUAGGAGAUCAAGCACCUUCUUGA